CUCCUCACCCUCUCCAGCGACGCUAACCAAACAGGCCCUUCCCUCCCAUGGCCAGCGGGACUGGGCGCCGGUGCCUGUAUUGGUUUGUUUAGGGGGCUCGAGCGGACAACACCCGCGUGAGCAACGGGAACGGUAACACAAAGACUACGGCUUUGGCAGUCGACUCUUCGCAAUCUUGUCCUCUCUCUCUCCCUCUGGCCUCGAGAAAUGCCCCCUCCAAAGAGCCUGGCAUGGUUUCCUGCACGGCCAGCCCCACCCUAGUCAGGACGUGGUUUUCGUGGGUUAGAGGCUCUGUUCUCCUGCGCUUAAUUGGCCUCCCGGCGGCUCUGCUGACCCUUUAUUUGGAAAUCUACGGCAGCUCCCCAGCCACUGCCUCGCUUAUCCUUCACCGCUUGCGUCGACGCCUCCGUCUCUCUUCCUUUGUCUGCACCCUCACAAAGGGACAUGACAUGACCUCGAAUUCAAUCUCUUACUUUGGAGGCGCUGAUUCCAUGGACCGCGCACAGACACAGUCCCUGAACGGCAAAGGGGCGAGCUCCUCAAAACCAUCCGACUCGGACGCCUCGACCUCGACCUCGACCACUCUUUCUCACCCGUCUCCUACCAUGCCAACCCAUUCGCGCUCCAAGACGGCCUCGCACGUUGACGUUGUCGGCCAGGGCAAACGACUCUCAUUACAAUUUCCUAUCCAACCAGCUGCUGGCAGCAAUUCGCCCUUGAGCAGCGAAUCUCGGUCCCGCCCACAAUCUUGGGUUGGCGCUCCAUCUCCCCUUCUUUCCCCGGACGCCACCUCCUCGCCCUCCGAGACUAGUAUAUUAGGUGUCCUUGCCGCUCAAGAACGUUAUGUUUUGGAGCUCAGAGAGGAACUCAACAAAGCCGAGGCAGACCUCAAGACGCUGAAGAAGCAUUACGCUCUUCACGAAGCCAACAAGCGCCGAAAUGACGUGCGCAGGGUCGCUCAACUCCAUCCUGUCAACACUUCGCUAGCCAACAUCCCAGCAGACCGAACCGACGAGGAUGGGUCCAAUCUAUGGAUGCAGCGCGAGAUGGAGCGCAGGAAAGCUUUGCUUAGCAACACAAAGACGUCUCAGAGGAAGGUCUUCAGCGGCUCGCGUCACCUUCGUACCCUCUCUCUGCUAUCGCCAGACAAGCCCUACGCGCCAUCUUUCCCUCAGCCACUAGAUCUCGAAAACGAAGACUCGACUGAUAAGCAACCCACACUCCCCCCACGGUCAUCCACGUCCUCCGACAUCACGAAACGAGUACUUGAUGCCGUGGACAGCGACCAGUACGACCUGGGAGGUAUUCCAAACAUGCAACGAGAAAACAUCAUCCGGGCUGGGACGCAGAUGGCGGCCGACUUCAAGAACGGGCUGUUCACAUUUAUUGAAGACAUAAGACAAGCCACCGUCGGCGACGAAGCCGUCAAUGGGGCUGAUGGUGUUCCUACCUCCGUGAAUGCUAGGGCUACCUCCACAAAACCUGACCGAAAAGCGUCCGGCGGUCGGCCACCCCUGAAUCGGUCAGCUAGCUCCAAGAAGUCGACCCAGAGGACAGGUUCCAUUGCCGAUGACUUUUGGAAGGAGAAUGGUUUGAGUGAACCUAAGUCCACUGCCAUAAACAAGAAGACUCACACUAUCAAGAACGUCCAAACCCCGCAAAAGCAGCUUCGCACACCAACGGACGAAGACGAAGACUGGGAUAACUGGGAUACCCCAAAUGACGCUGAUGCCUAUGUCGCAAAAACGACAGACUCGCACAAUAGCUCAGACGAGUCGGAGCCAACGUCGCCCGCCUCAGGUCCAGGCAGCUCAAGGACGAGUACCAGGUACCACUCCAAGCGUCAUGACUCAAAGGCAUCAUCGCUCACAACCACCAGCUCUGCGGGCCACCCCGACGAGGCCACGUCGCGCGAUCUGAAGCGCAACUCGAUACCAUGGCCUGACCUGGUCAAGCUCUCGCCCAACAAUCUCAAGCGCACAGCAUCGCACUUGAUGAAAGAGUGGGAGAAGCAACUUACGCCCCCGCCCGAGUCGAGGAUCUCGGGCCAUGCUCAUGGAGACUACCUUGGUCGCUCGAGCUCGCCCCCUGCGUAAUCUUAAUGAGGAACGAUUUUACACGUAGCAUAUUAUAUAUACGUUGAUGACGAUACGCCAUUUAUACGGCAAUGUCUAAUUCUAUCUUAGAGGGGGAUGAGCUUUGUUUGGCGGUUUGUUGUACAGUCAUGGUGAUAUCAAGCAGAGCAUGGUGUUGGGAGCAGGCGCAUAAUCAUGUACACUGGGCUUUUAGACCUAGCAUUGGGAUGAUGUCUAUUGUUGUUAGAAACGUAUUGAGAAUCAAUAGAUAUGUCUCCUCAAAGCCUCGUUAGACC